UCUGCCAUUACUUGAAGUCUUUAAAUAUUCUAUGCAAAAAUGACUAUUUCGAUGCGCUAUCUAAAAGUCUCAGUGGAAAUGAUACUGGCAAAUUAUAAUAGAAAUUUAACUUGACAUCUAUUCCACACACACGUCCAAAAUGGUGAAAAGUGCACUACGUGGAGAUACUUGUGGCUACUGCACCGCAUGUGUUCGUCUGCGGCUGUGUGCCGCGCGUGGGAGGAGCCCGGAGCCUUUAGAAUGUGCGUAUAAACACAUUCUGGAGUCCUAUGGCAGUGUUGGAAGUGGUGAGAAGGUUCCUGAAGCUCCCAAGCCGGUCUGCGCUUCUUGUCGCUGGACAUCGGACGCACAAUUUCCCGAAACGCCACCUUCAUCUAGUGAUUUAAGUUUAGAGUGGAGCACACCGCCAUCAAAUCGGUCUCGUACCCGACGACGUAAAAGAUAGUAAUUGAGCAACAGUGUUCUUUUGGAAAAUAACUAUCUAUAUUUUUUGUUAAUCGCGCUGUGGUAAACGACCUCAGGGGUACACUAUUAUGCUAGUCAUGUAAUUGUAAACGUGUACGAAUUGCGAUAGAAAGAUAACAAUUACCUAUCUAAUAAAUUAUUGUUCUUUUUUAAA